AUUCGGUUGUUUCAUAAGCAUUCAGCUUGCCGUGGGCAUGAGUUCCCCUUAGCACUUUCUCCUUCAAGUCUCGCGUGGCAAACCAUCGAAAACCAGUGCCGUAUUACCAGUUACCAUUUUCCUUCUUUCUGAUUCAAACUCUCAUCCCCCUUCUUCAAGUACUUAUGGUCAUCAGCACAGACAGUGAUAUCUAUACUCCGUUUCCCCAGGGCAUCAUCAUGGAGGAUGGUCCUCAGUCAAGUGAGGAUGGCUCCGGUCUUCACUCUCCCAUCUUCGGGGCCCAAUUUCCACAGCCGCACGGGGACAUCCGCUAUCACCAAGAUCAGCUAGAUAUACAACAUGCAGCGGGCAUCCUAGCCUCUCAGUUCGAUUACGCCAACAUCAACCUACAACCCCACUCUCACCUCCUCGAAACCCCUUUGAAUAUUCAUUCAAAUCCUCACCACCACAAUUCCUAUCACUCUGACUUUCCUCUUCCACAAAGAAAUCAUCUUGGUCUUGACAUCCCCCCCCAUGCAUACCCUAAUACUCGUCUUCCGCCCCCUCCGGUUCAGGGCGGCGCCGUCAAUCUCUCCUACCAAGGCCCCCCCAACCGAAGAUAUUCUGCCGAAGAUUUGCGCCACCAAUCUUAUUCCUCAGGUGGUGGUUCAGCACAACCCCCUGUAAUACAAUCUCCAGAUAGCACUCAGAGAUCCUCUGUACCAAUGUCAGAGUCAACACCUCAACCACAUCCUGCCCAACCAGCAGCAUCUACAUCUCAGGAUACGCCUCGCAGGGAAAUUUCCAAUCAAGUGAUAGCUUGUCGGCAAUGUCGUGCGAGGAAAAUUCGGUGCGACUCCACAAGACCAAUUUGUCAUAACUGUGUUCGCCGCUCGAAUGAAUGCCAAUACGAUGCAGCACCUAAACGGCGAGGGCCUGACAAAAGGCCAGGCACCCGCCAGCGCUCAUGUAAGAAACGUCCGACGGAUGGCUCAUCCCCUCCUACCCUUCCGUCCAAGCGGAAACGCACCUCCGUUAGGAAUGACGACCUAGAGCUUCCACGGGAAUCUCGUGGAGUUCCCAAUGUUCCUGCUUUGCGCCCUGAUGGGGAUAGAAUUCGACUCCAGCCUUCACUUUCACCUGCUGGCGCUGACUUCUCUUCGUCUAUGCAAUCGCGUGCAGCAUCAGACGACAGCUAUCCGCAUCAAGUGGAGAAGUACCGCAUCUCAUCAACGCCUUCCGUGCAAUAUGGUCGCAAGGAGUGGUGGGAUAAUUUGGUUAUGAGCUACUCUACUACUCGGGAUCAGUCUUUAAAAGACAUUGCAUCAGAUCUCUCAACAUUGUUCACCACUAGCGGGUACUGGUUAUCAUUUGUGAAUGUUCCGGACUUUGUCCGCAGCCUGUACAACCCUGAAGAACGUUCUCUUAUGCAACCUUCACUUGUUUUUGCGGGGUUAGCUUUAGCGACCCUAAUGAAAUCGAGUGAGAUGGAAUUGGGAUCCGCGGGUCGCGAGCGCGCCGUUUGGCUUCGUGAUAAGGCGCAGGCUUGGCUAGAAGCGUCAUGGAAUUCCCAAUGGAUAGACGUGACCCUUGCGAAGGCUGCUCUUAUUAUCGCUGUGUAUGAAUCUUCUGCCCACCCACUCUAUACCCCCGAGCGCGCAAGACGCUCUCUGGCCUAUCUCGACGGAAUUGUCCGCCAAUUAGGUUUGACAUUCUUGGACGGCAAUGAGCCAGACGUGUCGACAUUCACCCCUAACGCUGUGCCUAUUGCUCACAGACGCCGCACCUUUGAUCAAAUGUCCAAGGACGGAGUUCGUCCCCCUCAUUCAAUUCCUCGCAAGUGCGACUGCAUCCCCCUGUCACCCAACUCAUCUAUCGCUACUGAGCAAUUUUCGUCCUCAUGGUCAUUCACGCCACCCUGGGAUCCCUCGUGGACCCCUGAGGAGAUGCACAAGGAAUCUUGCAGGAGGCUAUGUUGGAGCGCCCUUAACCUCGUGGCCAGGUACACGUCACAUUGCAUCGCGUUCCAGAAAGAGCCAAGCGACCUUUUCCUGACUGACCCUUCCAAUUUCCGGUUACUGUUCCCUGGUGAAAUAUCACAACGAGGGUCCAACGAGCACAAGGCGCAGUCUCCGAAAGAAUCAAUAUGGGCACUCUAUUGCCGCAGCAUGCUCCUUUGGAAUUUCUGUACCACUCGUCUCCGGAAAAAUGUUUUUAGCGGCGCAGAGACAACCGACCUUGCGAUCGAAGCUUGGGCUGAGACCCUUGAAAUUCAAGAUGCCUUGGAUACUCACACUUGCAACCUCGAUAUGGCCUUGUUGUACAUGUGUCGGGAAUACGUGUACAACACACAGAUCAUAAUUACUCAGAUUUUACGAGCUGGCCAUGCAGAGGCGGGAAACUUUCCUCAGUUCAACCGCAAGCAGGCUGAGCAGUGGCUGUAUUACCAGAGCCUUUUCAUCCGCAGAGUUAAAAUGUCAAUUCACCAUCUUGGCGAUCAGGAUGGGCAUCUUUUCACCAGGCAACCAUUUCAAGUGACUUGGUUUGCAAGCCAAGUAGCAAUAUGUCUUUCUUUGUGGGAGGAGGACAAGUCACUUCUUGAUGCUUUGGAAGUUGCCAAAGACGUCAUAGUGCCAGUCGACGUGCUGAACACGUUGUGGCCUUGCCCAAUGUUAUUGAGCAAGUGUGACGACCUACGGAAGCGAGUGACUGAGGCUUGCCACACCGUCAAUAUCGCUGUGCCGUUACCACCCAAUUGUUCGCUCCCUCCACUCCUACGGGGCGGCCCAUGAACAUCCUCGGAUUCAACAUCUUCAUACCCAAUGUCUCUUCCCCUACUAUCCUUCGCAAAUAGUGUCCCCCGUUAGUGUACGCCAAUGCUAUGUCAAUAUUGUUUCGCUUUCUGCAGCCUUGGUUAUUACUGUAUUCGAUCUUCCUUACUCUUCUUUCUCCGUAAUUUGUUCAAGCUUCGCGAUAAUUUACCUCACCUGGUCGUUUUGAAACUUGUAUUGUACUACUUCCGAUACCCUGUCGACUGUCGAAUUAGCUUGUUGUGCGCCUGUCCCUCAAUACUAUUAUUGCCGACUUUUCGCCCGGGAUCAGGCAAACUUUUUA